AUGUUCGACUCGAACUUAUGGUUCUCUAUAUUUCACCGUCCGUACAAGAGCCGCGCUACGCGAGUCCAGCGUCUGUGUUGCUGCGCUGCAGCACUUUCUCUCAUCAUGCUGACGAACGCGAUGUGGUUUGAGACUGGCCCGACCGGAAGUAGUUCCGCACUUCAUAUAGGUCCACUGCGGAUUACCUUCCGGAGUGUGUUCAUCGGCUUUAUGUCCAGUUUGAUAAUAUUUCCGCCGACCUUGGCAAUGGUUCAGAUAUUUUGUUACCUGCUGGUCAUUGCGUGCAUUCUCGGUGGGGCUUUCUUCGCAUUUUUCUACAGUCUGGAAUGGGGAGGUGAGAAGUCUAUAAAGUGGCUUUCAUCAUUGUUCGUCUCAGUGACCCAGAACAUUGUUUUACUGGAAAGUAUUGCCAAGAUGCUCUGUUUCACCCUCGUUAUGACUUGUAUUCUACGGUUGCCUUCCGAAGCCGACGAUAAGUCUGUUGAGGACGAAUUCUUACUGACGGAUGUCGCCGAUGGCGAAAGUAACGUAGAGAUUCCACCCGUGCCAAACCUGCCAGAAAAACUUGACAACUGCCACGAGACCGACGCAGAGCGCAGCAACAGAGGGAGUAAUUUUUACCACCAAAACAAGGCGUUCAAGAAUGCAUUUGGACCACGGGGAGAAGUUUUCGUCAAUGGCCAUGCAGACUUUGGGUAUGUUUAUAACUGGCUGAAGACUGCAGCAAUACCCAUGUUGUAUCCGGAUACAUAUUACAAUGGCAAGGCGAUGGACGCGCAUGAUCGUUUGUUUAUGAAUACCAUAGAUGGUUUGAGGAUUGGCCCUGCAAGACUGAGGCAGAAAAGGGUUAAGGAGGUCUUUUGUGAAUGGGAGAACAUCAUCAGGAAGUGUGUCUACGACUAUGACCAGGGCAAAGCAGAAGCGGGUGACUUCCUAACAUACUGGAGACACCCAAUCCAACGCCCGGUCGCAAAGUCACCAUUCCUCCACACCCCUGCUCACAAAAACGACAUCACAUUCACCGGAACAUUCUCAACCUACGACGGCGGGGGAUACGUUGCAGAGUUCGGCGACAGUUCAAAAACUGCCCAACUCAUCCUGGACCAGUUAAGCGAAACGAACUGGAUGGACCGGCUAACCAGGGCAGUGUUUCUCGAAGCGACGAUUUACAACGCCAAUGUCAACUUGUUUUCAUGUUUGAGGAUAUCGUUUGAGAUGCCCGUCAUUGGUGGCAUAUAUAUCUCAACGACUGUUGAAAGUUUCAGGCCAUACCCGUACCUGGACAAUUGGGACCUGGUUAUCCUCAUCUUGCAGAUAUUAUGGGUGCUGGUCCUCUUCUAUUUAGUGUAUGUGGAGGUUAACCUGGUGAGAGCCUUCGGAAGGCAAUACGUGCUAGACGCGUGGUCGUACGUUCAGGUCUUGAACAUACUGACGUCCUUUUCAUCAGCAAUCCUGUACGUCAUACGGGUUGCCUUCGUCAUCGGAGCGAUUGAAGACGUCAAGAACAACGUGGGAGAAUACGUCUCCUUCGACAAGAUGCUACAGAUUGAUGAAGCAUACACAUCAUCCUUAGCCAUCAUCUCAUUCAUCUGCAUCAUGCAAGUCCUCAAGCCACUCACACUGAACUAUUUCUUCGCACUGCUCAAAAAUAUCAUGAAAAGAUCCGCUCACACCAUACUUUCCGCCUACAUUUUCUUGUUCUUUAUGUGGAUGGCUUUCGGGGCGAGCGCCUAUGUCGUUCUUGUCCACACCACUGCCGCAAGUUUCCGGACAUUACCGCGCUCGCUCUGGACUCUCGUUCGCCUGACCAUAGGAAUUAUAAAAUUCCCAGAGGCAAUGGGGGAAGAGACGACCGUCAAACGUGUUUUAUUCGUGUCAUUCAUGGUUGUAUGCUACAUCGUUCUUUUCAACCUGAUUGUGACGAUCUACUUGGAGAUGUACACAGCAAUACGAGAGUUGAAAACCUUGGAGGGGUUCGACUACGAGCUGAAUGAACACUUUUGGAAGCGGAUCUACAUGUUGCGUGAUGCCUUUUUGAAGAAAGAAGAAUCGUCAUGGUCUUGUGAAAGCAAUACAAAUGGUAUCAGUAUGCUCGUACGCUCUAGUGCUGCUGACAAGACUGCCUCGGAUGAAUCUUUGCGGCGGAGGAAAGAACAGCUACAUAAAAUGGCCAACAUGGCUGGCUAUUCCGUCAAAUACACAGGCAAAAGUGUCCAUGCAUGGACCUAUGACGUGUAUUAA